GUGAGCCGGGUCCAAGAUGGCGGCGGGGGUGGCCGGGUGGGGGGUUGAAGCAGAAGAGUUCGAGGAUGCACCUGAUGUGGAGCCGCUGGAACCCACGCUUAGCAAUAUCAUCGAACAGCGUAGCCUUAAGUGGAUCUUCGUCGGGGGCAAGGGUGGCGUUGGUAAGACCACCUGCAGCUGCAGCCUGGCGGUCCAGCUGUCUAAGGGACGUGAGAGUGUUCUAAUCAUUUCCACAGACCCAGCUCACAACAUCUCAGAUGCUUUUGACCAGAAGUUCUCCAAGGUGCCUACCAAGGUCAAAGGCUAUGACAACCUCUUUGCUAUGGAGAUAGACCCCAGCCUGGGCGUUGCAGAGCUUCCCGACGAGUUCUUCGAGGAAGACAACAUGCUGAGCAUGGGCAAGAAGAUGAUGCAGGAGGCCAUGAGCGCCUUCCCCGGCAUCGACGAGGCCAUGAGUUAUGCCGAGGUCAUGAGGCUGGUGAAAGGCAUGAACUUCUCAGUGGUAGUGUUCGACACAGCACCCACUGGCCAUACACUCAGGCUCCUGAACUUCCCUACCAUCGUGGAGCGGGGCCUGGGCCGCCUGAUGCAGAUCAAGAACCAGAUCAGCCCCUUCAUCUCCCAGAUGUGCAACAUGCUGGGUCUGGGGGACAUGAAUGCUGACCAGCUGGCCUCCAAGCUCGAGGAGACGUUGCCUGUCAUCCGAUCCGUUAGCGAACAAUUCAAGGACCCCGAGCAGACAACGUUCAUUUGCGUGUGCAUCGCUGAGUUCCUGUCCUUGUAUGAGACGGAGCGGCUGAUCCAGGAGCUGGCUAAGUGCAAGAUCGACACCCACAACAUCAUCGUCAACCAGCUUGUCUUCCCUGACCCUGAAAAACCCUGCAAGAUGUGUGAGGCUCGACACAAGAUCCAGGCCAAAUACCUGGACCAGAUGGAAGACCUAUAUGAAGACUUUCACAUUGUAAAGCUGCCACUGUUACCUCACGAGGUUCGGGGAGCCGACAAAGUCAACACCUUCUCUGCCCUCCUCCUGGAGCCCUACAAGCCCCCCAGCACCCAGUAGCCACCCCCAUCCCAGAUGCUGCCACUUCAUACCCUCCUCUUUCCCCAUGGGGCAGAGUUUGCACAAAGUCCCCCAUAAUGCAGGGGGUUCACUUAGGAGGUGGGAGGGGUCUGUUCCCCCUGGUGGGGCCUGGGGAGGCUGCAGUGCCCCCCACCUCUUCCUGCCUCACACUCCUCAAUAAAAUAAUCUGAAACA